AACCUGAGGAGUCCUAUUUUAGUCUGCACGGUUUAGCUUCUAAAGUUUGGCCUUGCCUUAUUGACAAAAGAUCUCGUAAAUGUUUAAAAAAAGUGUAGAAUUUUUUUAGCUUAAAAAUGAAAAAGUCUUCCCUUAACAAAGGAGGAGAAACGACUCACGCAGACCGUUCAGUUAAAAGUAUGGCUUCUCGACCACUUAAUUCAAAUCUUGUUAGCUUAAUACUACGCUAUGGAUUUGAAGGGAAAUUAGCCUUAAUGAUGGAAACCUUUACUAUGUGUAGCAGUCCAGAAUUCCUUCCUUUUGCUUACACUUUUAAAGAAAUUUUUAAUAUUGUAAGAAAACAAGAAAAACACUGUUUUAACCAGGACUAUUUAGCUUUUUUUACCCUAAUGAAUCAGUUUAAGUACGCCCAGUGCAAUUCUUUUGGAGCUUCCGCUUUUUUAUCAGCUGAAACCUCCUCUUUGGAACUUUUAUCUAGUUACUUAACGUGGGACUUAGUUGAAGUAUCUUUGCUGCUCUUGCAAAGCAAGGAAUCUAAUUUCGUUAAUUUAGGUGCCCAUACUAUACGACUUUUUAUAAAUGCCUUUGAAAGUUUUUUCUUUUCGAGUCCAAAACGUUUAAAAUCCUUUUUUUCGGUUCCAAUUCAUCGGGCAGUUCGAUGCAUUGUCGAUGCGUGUUUUAAGAUGCUAAUAAAUAAAGAACUUGAACUUGAAGGAUUCAAGGAAACUAAUCUAUUCGAAAUUUAUAUAGAGAGUUGGUUUCUACUUCAUAAACUUCUUAGCGUAUUAUGCCGUGCCCUUAAGAUGGACAGAUAUAUAUGCAAGGAGGUGAAAUUUGAAGUACAGACCUGUCUGAGCACCUACUACAAUAAAAGUUCCUACGAAACUCGAAUUUUUACUCUGAGAUCUCUGGCAGCUAUUUAUCCUGUUAAGGUGAGGCUUUGCUUAAUUCUUGAUCUGUUGAGAACAAGAACCAACUUUAAGAAUCUCUCGGCUUUUUGCAAGUUAAGAAAUAAUGGAACGUUAACUUUCUGCAAUGCUCCAUUCUGUCUUCUGCUGAUCCCGUCCUCUUUAAAUUUGAACGACAUUUAUAGUAGUUUAACUUCAGCUGUUGAAGGUGAGCCUUUCAAAGUAUUAUUGGUUGUUUUUUUAACCAUCUUUUUAGUUCAUUCGUAUGAAUUUAUUCAAUGCGCUUUGAGAACCAGUAAAAAAGCUCUUUUUCCAGAAAGUGACUGCGAAGAAAUAGUCCGACUAGUUUCUUUUUUACUUAUGACUCUCCUUGAGGUGCGGAAACGCCUUUCCAGCCCGUACACGCCGGCGAUGUUGCCCGAUAACUAUAAGUUUUGCGGUAGAGGAGGCGCCUCCGGACUGCGAUGCACCAAGUGUCUCACAGCUUUCUCGCUGUCUUUACCCCGUUUGAUACCGUUGUAUGUCGAGAACAUGGAGAAGCUCUCGACUAGUGGCAGGAUCCCCGAUAACUGCAAAAUGCAUCUCGAUUUAAUCACACAAAGUUGUUUCUACACAAACUAAGAAAAACUUGAAAUGCGUAAAUAAGUUAAGUUAUGAAGAUUUUUCUUAACUGCUUUCUUGGUAUAUCUGUAGUAGGUUUUCACCAAAAAAACUAUUAUAAUUUCUUAUCAGGCAGUUAAAGAAUUUUUGCGCCUCCCAUAGUUUGUAA